CACUGCUCAGAGCCCCAGGAGCUCCUUCCCCGGGGCUGCCGUUCUUCACCGGCUCCAACAAAGUGGGGCCGUUUUUCUUAGCGAGGUUUUUACAGGACAGGAAUGACCUCACUGCUCCCCUCGCGUGGUUUCUGAUUGUGAAUGUGCCUCUGGCUCCAAUAUGGGGCCGGGAGUCACUGUGAUACAACGCAACAAUAAUUCGUCCGGGACUUCAUUGAGGCACCGUGCCAUUUCCCGCCCCUGCACUCCCUGUCGUCAUCGUCCCUCGCUGUUUCCCUGCACGUUGAUUGGUCAAAAUAGCCAAACUCCUCUGGCCACACCUCUCGCCGCCGCGAGUCACACCAGCCCGACUGCCCGACUAGACAGCCAGACGCACCCGGAGCUUGGCGAGGCGUCGGCGGAGCUCGGCGGCCCCAGCCCAGGGUGCCAGCAGCGCGGCUGCAAAGCUGCUCCCGAGGCCGAGCUGCAAAAAGAACUGUCAGCACUGCUGAUGUCUCCGGAGCAAGGUGCUGAGUGUUCCUGUCAGAGACAUGCCGGCUGUGAGAUGAAGGAGAGUGAAAUCUGUUCCAUUCAUCGAGUUGUGAAGGAGCCCCUCAAGGAAAUAUCAGCAAAAGGGAAUAUAUGCACAGGAUACCUGGGUGAAUGGUUCAGGAGCCAUCCCGUGGGCACGGCGCUGCUGAUUCUGCUGCUCCUGGUGCUGCUGCUGGCUUUGGGGGUGGCCUUGGCUGUGCAGUCAGCAGCAGCAGCACAGGUUCCAGUGACACCUGCCACUCCGCUGUUGGUUCUGGGCUGUCCCCGUGGCUGGGUGGGCUACAAUGGGGUCUGCUACUACUUGUCAAGGGAUUACAGCAGCUGGGAGCAGGCUCAGGAACGGUGCUCGGAGCUCGGGGCCUCCCUGGCCAUUGCCAAGGAUGAGGAGGAAAUGGGUUUGCUCUUCCGCCUCCGCGGGAACGGCGAUUACUGGCUCGGGCUGCGCAGACGGGGCGAGCGCCUGCACUGGGGGGAUGGCAGCAGCUACAGCUCCCGGGUUCCUGUCCUCGGCAAUUCCGACUGCGUGUACCUGGCUGACGGGGAGAGAUUCAGGAGUGAAUUCUGCUCAAACAAGCGGCCGUAUGUCUGCAGCAAGGCCCAGGCUCCCCUGUAACAGGGGCUGCAGAAAGGACCUUCUCCACGCUGGGCAGUGCCAGCUUCACCUCUCAGCCCAGCCCAGGGCUGUCCUUGCUCAGCUGCACCCUGUGCCUUGCCCUCGCUCUCAGGGUCACCUCAGUGCCUCUUCAUCCAUGCCCAGUGCCAGCGCUGGGCUGGGUGUGCAAAGGAAAAGGCUCUGCAAUCCAUCCUGCCUCCGAUGCUGCCUGGAGUGACUGCAUUGUCCUCUUUAUAUGUAAGAAACAGGGCUUAGUAAUAUUUUUAUAGAAGUUCACUAACAGAUCGAAUUCCAUGUUAGAGAGCUUGUCUGUUGGCACAUAGUUAACUUUAACUGUUCUCUGUGUACUGUUACAUUGUCGGUCUGUAUGCAUGUUCAGAAUACUUUAUGCAUAUUCAAGCAUUCAUUUGAUUUUGCACAUUGGUUUGCUCUGUUUUAACCUUUGACUUGUUUUCGUGCUGUCUUCAAAGUUAAACUAAGACAUUUUAUUUUAUCUUUUGGUUCUAUCUUUUUGUAUUUUCACUCCCUUAUAAUCAGGAUCAGUAAAUAGUUUUAUUUCGGUUC